AUGCAAUUUUCACUGCUACUUCUCCUUAGCUUAGUCGCCUCGUCUUAUGCCCUCCUAGGAAUCGGAAGGACUCAGUCAGUGGCCGUUACAGGGCGAUUGAUCUGUAAUGGGCAGCCAGCCAGCAAUGUCAAGGUGAAGCUGUACGAAAAAGAAGCCACAUUCGACGUGAAAAUGGACGAAGGCAAAACGAAUCAAAAUGGAGAAUUCCGACUGUCUGGAUCGAAAAGGGAGAUCUCAACUAUAGAUCCAAAAGUUAACGUCUACCACAAGUGCAAUUACAAUGGACCCUGCUAUCGUAAAUUUGGAAUCACCAUUCCGGAUAGCUACGUGACCCGAGGGGCAAAUCCGCAGAAGACUUUUGAUAUCGGGACGAUCAAUCUUGCCAAUCGUUUCACCGGUGAAACGACAGACUGUAUAAAUUAA